AUGAGUUCAAUUGUUUUAUUGGCGGUUUUGCUGAAUAGUGAGCAGCAAACAUCUGAAAAAGUGAAGCGAAAAAUUUUGCGCGAUCACAGCAAUCCCAUGGAAUUACCGGACUCAGCCUUUAUUGCACUCUAUAGAAUAAGUAAACAAGCGUUCCUCAUGAUUUUUACAGACUUGCAGCCUUUUAUUUGCGCUCAUAGUAUGGUUAUUAGAGCUAUUGAUGCUUGUCAUCCCGGUUCUAGCCAUGACUCCUUUAUAUGGAGCAUGAGCAAUGCAAGACAGUUAGUCAUGACGAAGUAUCGAGAUGGUGAUCACAAUUCGUGGUUAUUGGGCGAUGCCGGGUAUGCUCUGGAACCUUUUCUAUUAACACCAUAUAGAAAACCAAAACCACGGUCUAUACAACACGCGUUUAACAAAACACAUUCUUCGGCACGAACCUUGCAGUACAAACCAAAAAAGGUUGUGAAAAUAAUUAACGUAUGUGUUGCCUUGCAUAAUAUUUGUCGCCACUAUAAUCUUGAAUAUGAGUAUGAUGAACCUGAAGAAAACGCCAGCGAAGUAGAUAGUGAAGUAGAUAGAUUUGUACUAACAGACAUUAACUUCCAAAGUGAAGCACAAAGAAUUAGAGACGGAGUUGCGAAUAAUAUUAUAUAA